CAUUCGCAGUAAACCAGCGCUACUAGCUUGUAGCUAGCGGACCUUGCUCCGCUAAACCCCGCAAGCCGCUGCAGUGCAUUCACUAGGAAGCCAGUAUCCAUUUCGCUAAACCUUCAGGAAUUUCAGUUAUUUACCAUGAAGAAGAUAAAAAGGUCCAUAGGCUGACGUCCACCCCGGGAUCAAUGACGGUCUUUCGCCUUGUCGGUGACUGACAUGGAUGCAAGUGACAUAAAGGAUGUGAAACUUUCAGCCGAAGUGGAACCAUUCAUCCCACAGAAAAAAGGUCUUGACGGAUCCCUAAUCAGCAUGAGUCUUUCAGGAGAGCCAACAGGUGGAGGAGGAGGAGGAGGUGGCGGAGGAAUGGGAGGGGGUAAUGGAGGGGUGGAAACCACUCCUAUACCCAGCUACCUCAUCACCUGCUACCCUUUUGUGCAGGAGAACCAACACAACAGACAACAUCUAAUGUACAAUGGCGGGGAGCUGCGCUGGCAGCAGCCUAACCCAAACCCUGGCGGUCCCUACCUGGCCUACCCAAUCAUGUCCUCCCCUCAGCCACCCGUGUCCAAUGACUAUGCCUACUACCAGAUUAUGCCUGCCCCAUGUCCCCAAGUGAUGGGCUUCUACCAACCAUUCCCUGGCACUUAUCCAGGGCCAGUGCAACCUGGGGUUGUUAACCAAGUCUCGGCAGAUGUUGGUGAUAGACCUCUUCCUGUUGGGCCGUCGUAUGGGAUGGCAAAUCAAAGAGGAAGAGGCAUGGUCCGACCUAAUCUCCCUAAGCAACAGUUAAGUGUUUGCCAGCCUCUGAGGGGUCGACGUCCUCCACCCAGGAAUACAGUAGUCCAGAAGGAAGUCUGCAGCAUAGGCCCUGAUGGUCGAACCAAGAAAGUACUACUGGUGGAUGCAGCUCAGCAGACAGAUUUCCCAGGUGAGCUGUCCGGGCGGUGCACUGCCGAGCAGGCCAGUCCCCUGCUGUGGAAGAACCGUACAAAGAAGCGACGGCCGUCCAAUCCGUCUGAAAGCUACAGUGAUCAGGGCACAAGUGAGGCCGAUAUAGACAGCGACAGCGGCUACUGUAGCCCCAAACAUAACCAGGCCGCAGGAGUAACACAGCGAACAGUGGAGACCUCAGCAACAUCUACGGUAUGGCAACAGGGUGUUGAGACUGGUGUAAUGACAACAGGUACAUGGGUAAAUGUAGCCUCUCAGGCUACCCAGAAGAACUGGGGGGAGAGGAAUGGCCAAUUCCACAGAGCAGACCACAGAAAGAAUCCUGAACAGAGGAACUUCUCACCGGAUUUUCAUAGUGGCUGUCGUGGGCAUGUUCUGCCAAACCAGACAGAACAAAGCCUGCAGCCAGUGGGGGUCACAAAUGAUGAGCUUACUCCAGAACCCCUUUACUUUGAGGAUGAAGAUGAAUUCCCAGAUUUACCCACUGGAGGUGCCGCCCAUCGUGUCACCAAAGUGGAACCAACUCCAGCUCAGACUCAUAUGCAGCCCAAACUACAUAAAAACCUGCUAGAAAACCUACCCGAAAACUCCCCUAUCAACAUUGUGCAGACACCCAUCCCAAUUACCACAUCUGUUCCCAAGAGGGCCAAGAGCCAGAGGAAAAAGGCCUUGGCUGCUGCCUUGGCCACUGCUCAAGAAUACUCUGAGAUCAGCAUGGAACAGCAGAAACUCCAGGAGGCCCUCACCAAGGCAGCAGGCAAGAAGAGCAAAACUCCCGUCGAGCUGGACUUGGGCGACAUGCUGGCAGCUUUGGCUAAACAUCAGCAGGCGAUGAAGGCCAGACAACUUAACAAUACCAAGCCACUGUCCUUUACAGGUAUCACAUCCCAAAUUGUUGGAACCACUGCUCCAUUCCACAGAUCUGGCUCAACCAACCUGGCGGUCAUGUUGAAAGGUCAUCAACAACCACACUUGGGCUCCCCUAAUAAUUUGGAUUCAAAUGCUCCUCGUAUAAAGCGAGGAAAGGAGCGAGAAAUCCCCAAAGUCAAGCGACCAACGGCCCUUAAGAAGAUUAUUUUAAAGGAGCGAGAAGGAAAAAAAGGCAAAACAAGCAUAGAUCAAGAGUCAUCGGGCCAAGAAGAGCAUGAUGAUGAAGAUUGUUUACAUUUUACUGAAGAUCUAUCACAAGAACCCGCUUCUCAAGAAGAAAAUGGUCUCAGUGUACCCAGCGACACAUCGCUCUCCCCCGCCAGUCAGAAUUCUCCAUACAGCAUCACCCCAGUAUCCCAGGGUUCUCCUUCAAGCUCUGGAAUUGGGAGUCCCAUGGCUUCUAACGCAAUCACAAAAAUCCACAGUCGACGUUUCAGAGAGUACUGCAACCAAGUCUUGAGCAAGGAGAUAGACGAGAGUGUGACGCUGCUGUUGCAGGAACUGGUCCGCUUCCAAGAGCGUGUCUAUCAGAAGGACCCCAACAAGGCCAAGUCCAAACGCCGCCUCGUCAUGGGUCUCAGGGAGGUCACUAAGCACAUGAAGUUGUGUAACAUAAAGUGUGUUAUCAUUUCUCCCAACUGUGAAAAGAUCCAAGCUAAAGGAGGCUUAGAUGAAGCUCUGUACAAUGUAAUUGCCAUGGCCAGAGAGCAGGAGAUUCCAUUUGUGUUUGCUUUGGGUAGAAAGGCUCUCGGACGCUGUGUCAACAAACUAGUAGCCGUUAGUGUCGUUGGCAUCUUCAACUAUUCAGGAGCUGAGGGUCUUUUUGACCGUCUAGUGUCGUUAACCGAAGAGGCGAGGAUGGCCUACAAAGAAAUGGUGUCAGCUCUGGAGCAGGAGAAAGCUGAGGAGGCUCUGAAACAUGACAAGAAAGUUCCACACCACAUGGGACAUUCACGCAACCAUUCUGCAGCUUCUGCUACCUCCUUUUGCUCUGUCAUCUCUGAGCCCAUCUCUGAGGUCAAUGAAAAGGAGUAUGAGACCAACUGGAGAAGUAUGGUGGAAAAUUCAGACGCUCCAGAGCCAGCCGAGCCGGAAAUAGUUCGCCCUUCACCUUCCAUAGCACACCUCAGAGACAGUGAGACCCCAGUGGUUACCACAAGUGCUGCCCCGCCCAGCGCCAACACUGUACCGCAGAGAGCUGGGCUUCCCACACAGGGUAAUGGGGAGAGGGACGAGGUCCGCGCUGAUGACCGCCUGGAGCUUGCGUCUCAGCAGAGCACAGAGACAGGCUCUCUGGAUGGCAGCUGUAGGGGCCCACUGAACUCCUCCAUCACCUCCACUACCUCCACCCUGGUCCCCGGGAUGUUGGAAGAGGCAGAGGAGGAGGACGAUGAGGAAGAGGACUACACACCCGAACCUAUUUCUGAGGAGGUGCCCACCCUCAGCAGCCGCAUCGAGUCGUGGGUGUCAAAGACUCUGGAGAACCUGCAGCUGGGAAAGAGCCAGGACAGUACAGAGGAGGAGGAGGAAGAGGAGGAAGACGAAGAAGAGGACAGACUGCAGACAGAGGAUGAGGAGGGCUUUGUUACAGCUGAUAUACCAGAUGUGAAGAUGGAGAGCAAAGAGCCGGCCAAGAAGGUCACAGCCUGAUUUCACCUCUCAUCCUCGGAUCUUCUACUUCCCUCUCUCUCUCUCUGUCUGUCACAUGUACUCAUCCCCCCAAAAAAACAGAAGUUCUUGCAUCACUAAACCCUGACACCAGACCUAAUCUCAGGUAUUGUCAUGACAGACCAACACACAUGGUCAGGGACCAAACGGCAGCAGGUUUCUUUUUCAUCCAUCUCUCCUGUACAGCUCAUAACCUGCAACACUUGAAUUCGGAGGAUUUUUUUUGUUUUCAAUUUUCCACAUCCAAAGUUGAACUCUCUCUCUCUCUCGUUUCUGGGAGAAGUUUUAAAAAAAGUGGCGAACCAGUGAUCCACCACUCCCAGUGGAAGGGAUGUUGCAACUUUUCCACUCCUGUCUUAAUUUAACACAGACAGCUGCGUGUGUGUGUGUGUGUGUUGACAGCCACAUAGCUUACACUACUUUGCUGUGUUCAUUAGCUUUACAUUUAUAUGUAAUGAGUUUGUUACCAUUUCCUUCUCACACUCACUACUCCAUGAGGGAUUUAAGGAGGAAGUUUUCUUUUAUUUUCGAUUGCUUGGCUGCUCUAGUUUUACCUACAGUAUCUGUGCUUGGCUGGGCUUUCAGUCUUCUUAAAAGUGUUUUUUAAUGUUGAAAUAACUGGUGUUCUACUCUCUACAGAUAAUUAAGACGAAUUAACUUCUAAGAAGCUGUGUUUAGGUGUACUGGUUUGUCCUGUUGAUCUUGAUGUUUUUCCUGUCUUCAGCUCUUGGAUGCGGUCUCUGUUUCAUAAAAACUAUUGUUGUUGGAGCUUUCUAUCAAAUGAGUUGUUCCAAGUUGUUUCUUAGGGAGGCUGGGUAAUGGUCUAAUAUUGUCUUAAUAAACUGCAUUUAUUAUGUAAUUCAUCCAAAACCAUCCAUGCAGUUGUCAAAUACUAGCUAUGUGGUCUCAGGACAGGCCUAUUCCACUAUCCAAUACCACUAUGAGAUAAAAAUGACUACAAACAGUAUUCUUUUAAAAGGCAUCCAACUAUUACCUACUCUUAUCACGGUAGAGACACAGCUUUACACUAACACCUCAUAACUCCCAAAUGUGUGUGUACAAGACGAUAGAGACGAUUCUGUACUUGUAAAAAACGAAGCCAUUUUGAUGUGUUACCACUCUGAAUCUAAUCAAAUGAUGUUUAAAUAGAGAGUAAUCAAUUAGUAUUUGUAAUUUGAUUAAGGGUAUGCUGUUGUCUGCCUUUUUAUUGCCGUGACAUCCAUCAAAAGUGUUUCCAAGUAUGUUCAUUGACUACAUUUUUGCACUAUGUACAUACAAUACUGGAAGAGGUCUUGUGAUCAGUAUGAGCAAAAACAAAAUGAACAACAAAAAUGGUUCAAUGAAGUACUUUUUCAGUGUGGUUUUUGUCUUUAUAUCAAUAUUUAUGACUUGUCUUUCUGGACUACUUCACUAGCUACAUUGUAAAAGGCUAUUUGUCAUAACAUCCCUUCUCACUCCUAAAAUAUAUGGACUGGUGAUUAACAUUAUUAAAAUGUUGUUCAAAUAAUUAA